AUGGAUUAUUUCAGAGAAAUGGUAUCAGGUCCAAAAAAAAGAUUUUAAUAAGAUGGGUAUAAUUUAGAUUUAACAUAUAUAUGUGAAAGAAUAAUAGCGAUGUCAUUUCCUGCUUCAGGGAUAGAAACCUUAUAUAGAAACGAUAUAUAAUCAGUAUAUUUUAUAAAAUAAAAAUAAAAAUAAUUAUUAAAGGUUGUAGAGUUAAUAAAAAAAAAUCAUUAAUCUAAUUUUUUAAUAGUAAAUUUAUCUGGAAGAAAAUACGAUUAUUCAAAAUUUGAUAAUAAAGUAGUAGAUUAUGAAUGGGAAGAUCAUCAUUCCCCUCCAAUCGAUACUUUGUUUUAAAUAUCCAAUACUAAAAACGUGGUUGUAAUACAUUGUUUAGCAGGAAAAGGAAGAACAGGUACAAUUAUUUGUUGUUAUUUAAUUUAUUCUGGUAAAUUUAAAACUCCAGAAGAUGCUUUAUAUUACUAUAGUAAAAAAAGAUUUGAAAAAGAAGGUGUAGGUGUAAAUUAACCAUGUUAAGUGAGAUAUGUGCAUUAUUUUUAUGAUAUUUUGAAAUAAAAAAAUAUUUAUCCAACUGUUAAAUAUAUAACAUAAAUUUAAUUAGUUUAAAGGCCGAAUUUCGGAAGUGACUCGUGUUCGCCUUUUGUGGAAAUUUAUAAUGUAAAUACAAAAGAAAAAUUAAUUACAACAGAAUUGGGAUAUUUUGAAUAAAAGGUUUUCAAUUAUUCAAAUGAGAUUUUUGUACUUAAUGUUAAUUAAAAAAAACCGGUAUAUGGAGAUGUUUUAGUAAAACUUAAAAACAAAGGAUUAAAAAAUUAAACUAUGCUAAGAGUUUCUUUUAAUACAGCUUUUAUUGAAAAAUAAAACGAAAUUAAUUUUAAAUUAAGUGAAUUAUCACCAAGUCAAUUAAUAUCAGAUAAAAGGUUUCCUAAAGAUUUUAUUUUUAAAGUAUUAUUUUUUAAUAAAAAAAUUAUUUAUAUAAAAUAAGAUUAUAAUGGAAAAUUUCUGUGA